UGUGAGUUAACCGUAGGUGUAUGCCACGAUGGUUUGGCGCGACUGUUCUUGGCACAGUUUCCGACCAUCUCCUAUUGCAAGCGGAGUCAAACGGGCCCGCACCAGUGUUUCAUCGCACAAAAGAGUUUAUUCUAAUUUUCUAAUUGUAGAAGAAGAAAUUGAAUUGAAAGGUCUGUUGAGGAGUUACUUCCUCGAUUCAACCUGUGGUACAAAUAGGAUUUCACAAUGACAGUGCAAGACAAAGUUCGAGUCAACAGCUGUUGCUGCCGAUGGAGUCUCAGAUUCGGAACUUUGUUCACCGGAUUCUUGGGCAUUAUAUUAUCAAUAGCCACCAUCCUCCUCAUACUCUUAGCGGAUAUGGAAAUAAGAAUGGUGAUAGUUGACAUCUUCAGUAAAACUGUGACAAGGAUAAUUGUGAUCAUAAAUCUGUUCAUGACGAUCUUCAUCAGUUCUUUGCUGAUUUAUGGCGCAUGGAAGAAAAAAAGAUUUCUCAUGCUUCCGUGGAUAGUACUUGGCCUUAUGAUAGCAAUUGGAUUGUUGAUCAGCAUUUUGUACACUGCAAUCAGCCACAUGAUCAACAUCAGCAUAUGGGGAGGUGUUUUGUGGCUGGUGAUCGGUUUCAUAGUUUUCGUAAUUUACGUGUACCUGUGGGUGGUUGUUCUUAGCUAUCAUCGACAACUGAAAGACGACAAGCUGAAAGGAAAAAUUGACCCUUACGGAAGACCAUACAACUACAGCCGCGCGUGAAUAAUUCAAAGGAGUAAUUUAUGAACUCAUGACAGCAACAGUUGAGAUUUCACACUCGUGUCCAUCCAUAUGCCAUUAAUUCAAUUAUUUAUUUUGUAUUUAUAAAUUCAUAGAUGUAUGUUUUGUUAACUGUGUAGCGAUGUUGUAUGAUGCGAAAAGUAUACGUGCAUAAUAAAUCUAAUGAUAUGAGCGAAAACUCGAAUAA